AAGCAGCGAGGGUGUGCGGUCGCGAUAUCGGCGGAUAUUGAUAUCUAGUAAAUUUAUAUUUGGCCAAUUGGAUAAAUUAACCAAAAUUAAAAAGUUUAAUAAACACUAACAAUUGCGGCUGCGCGAAUGUCGGGAUCGCUUUUCCAUUGAUCGGUGUGUGAUUGUGGCUUAUAAAUUUUACUGAAGCAAAAACAAAAUUAAAAAAAAUAUAAACAAAACACUCAGUUGAAAUACGUCAACUUUUUGUGUAUUUUUUUCUGGCGCGUUUCACCGUUUUUCUUAAUUUUUAGAUUGCAGUAUCAAAAUUCUUGCUCCCACCAAAAAACGACGGUAUUCAAAAAGUUUGCGAUUUUAUUUGUGUGUGGUGCGCGUUUUUUAUGUGUGUGUGUGCAUCGGUUUGAUCCUCCAGCGACAGGUGAAGUGAUUUGAUCCAUAGAAAGGUCGAAGGUCGCUUGAACUCCAAGCGGCCCCCCGUAUCCCCGUAAGACGACGCAACGGCGGCACGCAAGAAGAAACAGCAGCGGCAGCAACAGUGCGCAAAAUGUUGGAGGACACCCAACUAGUGUGGGUGAGAGAUGCCAAUGAGGGUUACAUACAAGGACGGAUAACAGAGAUCGGUGCCAAGGAAUUUGAGGUGACACCCAUCGAUCGAAAAUAUGCCAAACGCACUUGUCACCACGAUGAUAUACACUCCUCAUGCGAUGGGCCACAGGAUCAUGAUGAUAACUGUGAACUUAUGCUGCUCAAUGAGGCAACUUUUUUGGACAAUUUAAAAACACGUUAUUACAAAGACAAGAUCUACACAUAUGUGGCCAACAUACUGAUUGCUGUGAAUCCCUAUCGUGAGAUUAAGGAGCUGUAUGCCCCCGAUACGAUUAAGAAAUACAAUGGACGUUCCCUGGGUGAACUUCCGCCGCAUGUGUUUGCUAUUGCUGAUAAGGCCAUACGCGAUAUGCGUGUCUAUAAGUUGUCGCAGUCCAUUAUAGUAUCGGGCGAAUCGGGUGCCGGUAAAACAGAGUCCACUAAAUAUUUGCUCAAAUACCUAUGCUACUCACAUGAUAGUGCUGGCCCCAUCGAAACCAAGAUAUUAGAUGCUAAUCCUGUAUUGGAGGCCUUUGGCAAUGCCAAGACAACACGUAAUAAUAACUCAUCUCGUUUUGGCAAAUUCAUUGAGGUCCACUACGAUGCCAAGUGCCAAGUGGUGGGUGGUUACAUCUCACAUUAUCUGCUCGAGAAGAGUCGCAUCUGUACACAGAGUGCCGAGGAGCGUAAUUAUCAUGUUUUCUAUAUGCUCCUAGCUGGAGCUCCGCAACAAUUGCGUGAUAAAUUGCAUUUGGGCAAACCAGAUGAUUAUAGAUAUCUAUCUGGAUGCACACAGUACUUUACCAAUGCCAAGACCGAACAAUUGAUACCUGGCUCACAGAAGUCAAAGAACCACCAACAGAAGGGUCCGCUUAAGGAUCCCAUUAUCGAUGACUAUCAACAUUUCCAUAAUUUGGAUAAGGCUUUGGGUCGCCUGGGCAUGUCAGAGACGGAAAAAUUGGGCAUAUAUUCCCUGGUCGCUGCUGUCCUGCAUUUGGGUAACAUUGCCUUUGAGGAAAUACCCGACGAUGUCCGCGGUGGCUGUCAGGUUUCAGAGGCUUCGGAGCAAUCUUUGACCAUUACAAGCACUCUACUUGGUGUGGAUCAAACCGAACUGCGUACCGCUUUGGUUUCACGUGUCAUGCAGAGCAAGGGUGGUGGAUUCAAGGGCACGGUUAUUAUGGUUCCUCUUAAGAUCUACGAGGCAAGCAAUGCCCGCGAUGCCUUGGCCAAGGCCAUUUACAGCCGUCUCUUUGAUCGCAUUGUUGGUCUGAUCAAUCAGAGCAUUCCCUUCCAGGCCUCAAACUUCUAUAUUGGCGUUCUGGAUAUAGCUGGCUUUGAGUACUUUACUGUCAAUUCGUUUGAACAGUUCUGCAUCAACUAUUGUAAUGAGAAGCUUCAGAAAUUCUUCAACGACAACAUUCUCAAGAACGAACAGGAACUAUAUAAGCGAGAAGGUCUCAAUGUACCAGAGAUAACAUUUACCGAUAAUCAGGAUAUUAUUGAACUGAUCGAGGCCAAAUCGAAUGGCAUAUUCACGCUCCUCGAUGAGGAAUCCAAGCUGCCGAAACCAUCGCCCACACAUUUCACCGCCGAAGUGCACAAAUCCUGGGCAAAUCACUAUCGCUUGGGUUUGCCGCGCUCCUCCCGCCUUAAGGCCCAUCGCACGUUGCGCGAUGAGGAAGGUUUCUUGGUGAGACAUUUCGCCGGCGCUGUUUGCUACAAUACGGAACAGUUCAUAGAGAAGAACAAUGAUGCAUUGCACGCCUCAUUGGAGGGACUUGUCCAAGAGUGCGAGAAUCCAUUGCUCAAGACUCUAUUCCCAUCGGGUAGUUCCACUUCUAUACGUGGUAAAUUGAAUUUCAUAUCUGUGGGAUCCAAAUUCAAGACUCAAUUGGGCGAACUGAUGGAGAAACUCGAGCAGAACGGCACCAAUUUUAUACGCUGCAUUAAGCCCAACAGCAAGAUGAUCGAUCGCCAAUUUGAGGGCAGUCUGGCUUUGGCCCAAUUGAAAUGUUCGGGCACAAUUUCUGUCCUGGAGUUGAUGGAGCAUGGUUUUCCAUCACGUGUCCUUUUCGCCGAUUUGUAUAGCAUGUACAAGUCGGUGCUGCCGCCAGAAUUGGUUUCACUACCAGCUAGAACCUUUUGCGAGGCCAUGUUCCAGUCGCUCAACCUAAGUGCCAAGGACUUUAAGUUUGGCAUCACCAAGGUCUUCUUCCGGCCUGGCAAGUUCGUGGAGUUCGAUCGCAUUAUGCGUUCAGAUCCAGAGAAUAUGCUGGCAAUCGUGGCCAAGGUGAAGAAGUGGCUGAUACGUUCCCGUUGGGUUAAAUCAGCGCUGGGAGCUCUAUGCGUCAUCAAGCUGCGCAAUCGCAUCAUCUUUCGUAAUAAAUGUGUCCUGUUGGCUCAGAAGCUUGCUCGCGGUUAUUUGGCUCGUAAACAGCAUCGUCCACGUUAUCAGGGCAUUGCCAAGAUCAACAAGAUUCGCAUCAAUACACAAAAAACAAUCGAAAUUGCCAGCGGUCUGAAGAUGGGACGCGAUGAAAUCGUUGGUGGAGUCAAUGAUAUUUACAGGCAAAUAGAUGAGGCCAUCAAAAAGAUCAAACUCAAUCCUCGUAUUACCCAGCGUGAAAUUGAUUCCAUGUACACUGUGGUCAUGGCCAAUAUGAACAAGCUCACUGUGGACUUGAAUACCAAACUGAAGGAGCAACAACAGGCCGAAGAGCAGGAACGUUUGCGCAAAAUACAAGAAGAACUCGAACGUGAACGUGCCGCUAAGGAAGCAGAAGAACUUCGCCUACGCGAAGAGGCCGAAAACAAACGACUCAAAGUGGAAAUGGAAACUCGACGCAAGCAUGCCGAAGCCCAACGUCUACGCCAGGAGGAGGAGGAUCGACGUGCUGCCCUAGCAUUGCAGGCACAACUCGAAAAGGAGGCCAAAGAUGAUGCCAAGUAUCGCCAACAACUCGAACAGGAGCGUCGCGAUCAUGAACUAGCCUUACGUCUAGCCAAUGAAUCCAAUGGUCAGGUGGAAGAUAGUCCACCUGUUAUACGCAAUGGUGGUGUGAAUGACGCCUCUCCCAUGGGUUCCAACAAACUGAUCAGUUUCUCACAAGUUGUGUCAAACAUUGCUUCGCGCUAUUUGAAUAAAUCGGAGAAUGUACGAGCUCAACAGCAGGCGUUGGGUAAACAGAAAUAUGAUUUAUCCAAAUGGAAGUAUUCGGAAUUACGUGAUGCUAUCAAUACUUCCUGUGAUAUUGAGCUACUGGAGGCCUGUCGUCAGGAGUUCCAUCGUCGUUUGAAGGUCUAUCAUGCCUGGAAAGCAAAGAAUCGCAAACGUACCACCAUGGAUGAUAAUGAACGUGCUCCACGCAGUGUAAUGGAGGCGGCCUUCAAACAGCCACCAAUUGUGCAGCCCAUACAGGAGAUAGUUAGUGCUCAGCAUCGCUAUUUCCGCAUACCUUUUAUGCGUGCCAAUGCGCCGGAUAAUACUAAGCGUGGCCUGUGGUAUGCCCAUUUUGAUGGCCAGUGGAUUGCUCGUCAGAUGGAACUACAUGCCGAUAAGCCACCAAUUCUCUUGGUGGCCGGCACCGAUGACAUGCAAAUGUGCGAACUGAGUCUGGAGGAGACGGGUCUGACCCGCAAGCGUGGCGCUGAGAUUCUCGAGCAUGAAUUCAAUCGCGAAUGGGAACGUAAUGGUGGCAGGGCCUACAAGAAUCUUGGUGUUGGUGCUAACACAAAUGGUCCCCUUGCUGCUGGCGUUCAAAAACAAUAGGCCACACAUCCCCAAACUAUUUAGGAACAAAACUUAUGAAAUGAAAAUUCUAAUAUAUAUUCCGUUUCAAUGGUCUAAAUUAUCAAACAGUAAAGAAAUUCCAGAAUAUUUUUGCAUAAAUCAAGCGAGAACAAAAAGAAUCGUUGAUAAAAGCAACCGCGUCCAAUUAAAAUCUAGAAAAAUA